CUGGAUGUCAUCCUUGCCCGUGCAGAUCAGUUGGUCAAACUGGAAUCAGACGCUCUAGUUGAAAACAAGACACUUGCACAUGGUCUGCAAAGAAAGCUAAAAGCCCAGAAGGAAAAGUUUGAAAGCAAAGAACUUCACAUGGAGCUCCUGAGGAAAAAAAUCACCCAGUUAGAAGAAGAAAAACAAGUCCGCACAGCUCUGGCAGUGGAGAGAGAUGAGGCCAACCUGACAGUCCGGACUUUGCAGAAGAAGGUGGAGAGGUUGCAGAAAGAAUUAGGUGCAGCUCAGCAAUCUGUCACAGAGCUUAAAUCCAGACUCGCAGACACUAAUGAGUUAAAGAUUAAAACACUGGAACAACAUAAAACUAUUGGAAAGCUGAACAAAUCUAUGGAACAACUUGAGAAAGUUAAAGGCAAGACUGAAAAAAGGUUACUGUCUGUAAAAUCAGAGCUAGACUUUACAGAACGAGAAGCAAAAGAGGAAAAAGAAAAA